UCGCGCUGGCGUGCUGACAUCACUGCGGAACGCAGCCCUGUCACGUGACCGCGCCUGCGUCAUGUAGACACAGGGCCGGGAUUUGUUUUCCUCCUAACAGAUUAAGAUAUAAAAAAAAGAGAACAACAACAACAGUAAUAAUACAUACCGACAUUGUAAGUUUGUUUUUGCAAGGCGUGGACGAUAAAAAACAAACUUGAUGCAGCAUCCUUUAAAAACCUCUUCACACUCAGAGACGCAGUUCAGCUUCAAUUUGCCAACUUUCAUCCAUCAUUCUUCAAUCCAGACUCUACAGCUACUAAACAGAGUCCUGUGUGCUGCCAUGGACAGUGUGAAGAUGGAAUCUGUCCAGAUUAAAGAGGAGUUCCCUGAACUUGAACUUGUCCCCAGAGUGGAGUUCUCUGGGCUGGCUUCCCUCCCCAUUAAGCAGGAGCUCUGUGAGAUGCAAUGUGACAGCAGUCAGCCAGGGGUCUCUGAGAUUAAAGCUGAGCACAAUGAAUUGGAGAUCCCCCAGACAGAGGAACCCCUUACUGUUAAACAAGAAGAGGUGCUGGAAAUGGUCCGUAUCAAAUGGGAGGCCCCUGAAGUAGAGUUUGACCACAUGGAACCAGUGAAGGAAGAAUCUGAGGACUUCAAACCAAACAUCCCUGAGCUGGAGCCUGUACGCCUGCGGGAGUGUAGCGUGGUGCUGGAGAGAAUCUGUGUGAGAGAGCAAGGCGCUGGAGAGGAAGGCUCUCCCAACAGCAUGCAAGGAGGUGGAAAGGAAGACGGGCGAUCACAUUCAGAAUGCAGUCUAGCAGGUUCCAGUCCAGCGGGUAAAGUGAGGGCGGGCAGUGGAGAAUAUCCUGACUGUGGGAAAGGUUUCACCCAGUUAGAGCAUUUUAAAACACACCAGCGGCUUCAUAUAGGAGAGAAACCAUAUCGGUGCUCUGACUGUGGGAAGACGUUCAGUCAGUCAGGAGUCCUAAAAAAACACCAGCGAAUUCACACAGGAGAGAAACCAUAUCGCUGCUGUGACUGUGGGAAGAGUUUCAUUCAGUCAGGACACCUGAAAGUACACCAGCAAACUCACACAGGAGAGAAACCGUAUUGCUGUUCUCAUUGUGGGAAGAGUUUCAGUCAGUCCGAAAUCCUGAAAAGACACCAGCGAAUUCACACAGGAGAGAAACCGUAUUGCUGCUCUGACUGUGGGAAGAGUUUCAAUCAAUUAAACAGCCUUGUUUCACACCAGCGAAUUCACACAGGAGAGAAACCAUUUUGCUGCAGUGACUGUGGGAAGAGUUUUAUUCAGUCCGGAAUCCUGAAAAAACACCAGCAAAUUCACACAGGAGAGAAACCGUAUCGCUGCUCUGACUGUGGGAAGAGUUUCCGUUUUAAACGAGGCCUUCAAAUCCACCAGCGAAUUCACACAGGAGAGAAACCGUAUAGCUGCUCUGACUGUGGGAAGAGUUUCAAUCGGUCAGACAGCCUUGUUACACACCAGCGAAUUCACACAGGAGAGAAACCGUAUUGCUGUGCUGACUGUGGAAAGAGUUUCAGAGAUUCAGGAGUCUUAAAAAAACACCAACAUGUUCACAUAGCAGAGAACCAAUAUCACUGCUCUGACUGUGGGAAGAGUUUCCGUUUUAAACAAGGCCUUCAAGUCCACCACCGAAUUCACACAGGAGAGAAACCGUAUCACUGCUCUGACUGUGGGAAAAGUUUCAGUCGGGCAGACAGCCUUGUUUCACACCAACGAAUUCACAGAGAGAAACCUUAAAGACUGUGUUCAAUGGGACGUUUCACUCCGGAAGAAAAAAACAUUAACCUUGCAUUAUGAAUCCCUGUGUAAUUGCCGUUUUGUGUAUCACUCUUAAGAGCAUGCAGUUUAAAUGGCAAAAGUGCGCUUCAGCUCUCUUGCACUCUGAUUGUGUCAGAAAGUGGGCGGAGACGCGGACACGUCACAAGAGGCUUCUCUGCUGUCAGUUUAACUCAGGCUGUCAAUGCAGUCAGUGCCUGGGAGUGGGAAUAUGCAGAAAGGAAACUAUUCUGCACCUCAUCUGAUGGACGAGUCAGGAGAAAUUGAUAACUCAGUGUGGGGAAUGAGUUUCAGGGUUUAGCAUUUAAACUGCAUAGACUUGAAAAUAAAUACAUUGAUGGGAACGAGUAUCCCGACCCCGGUAUGUAGCAUCCCAGAGACAAGACUGCACCGUCCUUACUGGACAACCGCCUGGAGGGUUUGUCUUGUAAUUCAUCACAAUUCUAAAACUAAUGAGAAAUGAUAGUGUCCCAUGACUGUAUUAAGACAUAAAUAAGUGAAUAUUGCGUGACGUGUAGCUUUGCAAUGUGCAUGGUCCAUGCUUGUAUUUGUGCUGCUCUUGUAAACUGCCCUGAGUAAUAGCAGUGUAGCAAGCAUGUGUACAGAUCUUAGGUACAGAAAGUCAAAUUGUGUAACCUGAGUUCUAAUGAGACUUGACUGUACAAUUAAACCUGGUGUGUGCUGAUUAAUGACUAAUUAAGUAUAUAACACAAUACUAAACAAUGCUAAAAACAACAUCUGUGUCUAAAUUGUAUUUAAAUUAGCAAAAUGUAUUUUUUAAAGCCUGUUGUAUCAAAAUGAGUUCUAGCGCUCUGCCUCUGAAUCGUUCUCAGUGCUGGAGUCUUCAUCAUGUUCUGACGUAGAAGCCAGAGGAUAUAGGGGAGAGUAGUGAAAAAAAACAUGAACAUUUAAAAUAUAAUCAACUAAUCAUGCAUUUUAUUAAAUGGUCCAGUGUACAAUAAAUGAUAUUUUUAAA